GCCCUGAGAGGCGGACGUGUCUAGCCUCGCUCCAGAGGGCCUGAGACGUGUGUGUUCAACUCCCCGACUUCUUCUGGGAGACGGAACGCGCUUUGAUCAGUUUUCCUGGCAGAAGUUUACUUCAACACGUGAAAAAGAUUCUAAAUAGUGACAGAUGAAUACUGGACACCUUUACAAAAUAAAAUUUCUAUACUAUAAAUAAGUAUUUGAUGACCUUUCGGUACAAAUCACAACUUAGAAACGCUUACAGUCACGAGAUUGUGAUUUUAAGAAAGUUUGGGUUUCCAUUCCCGCUCACAAUAUCAAACCAAUCAUGAUGAACUUUGAACACUGACCCGCUUAAGCACACGUACCCAAUAUUCAGGCAAAUGAAACUGGGGUAACAAUUGGAAUUUUCAGUCAAGAGUAAGCGAGCCACGACAAGCUCAGAGUUUUAUCGGAGAUACUUUCUUCGAAGACAGACGCUCAUUUGACUACUCAUGAUGUGCGGUACGGAGUGGUGGUUGUCAUUCGUGGCCAUCGUUGUGACUUCUUUCCUACAAGGUGUCCACACCAUACGCAUCACAAAAAUUGAGGUUCCACCGAUACUGAAGGUGGGCGGCAGCGGUGAGCUGGAUUGCGUCUGGGAGGAGGACAAUGACCACAUGUACUCCAUCAAGUGGUACCAGGCCGCUCAGGAAUUCUACAGAUACACUCCAACGUCCUCUGAGCCCAUUCAGAUUUUCGACCCACCAACAUUGGACGUAGAUGGUGGGAGAUCGUGGGGAGGAAGCGUCCGCAUCACCAACGUCAGCCAAACAGCCACUGGGCCAUUCCACUGCGAGGUCUCAGCGGAUGGUCCAACUUUCCACACGGCAUCAGAACAGGCCAACCUAACUGUCGUAGAUACGCCAGACGAGGAACCUGAAAUUCAAGGAGUCGAAAGCCAUUACUCCUCUGGAGACUGGAUCGAUAUCAAUUGCACAUCGCGACGAUCCCAUCCACCAGCUCAACUCUCUUUCUCAGUCAACAAUCAGCCAGCACCAUUAGGGUGGACCGAGCCCCAGAGGGACACCACCGACGAAAACGGCCUCACCACUUCGGUCCUGAGACUCCACUUCUAUCUGGCGCCGCGGUUACUGCAGGAUGGUCAGGCCCGGAUCAGGUGUUACUCUGAGAUUCCCGGCGUCUACGAGAAAUGGACGGAGGAGGUCAUCAUGACCUCUAGACCUUACCACGCGUCAGUGCUCGACGGUGCUACGGCAGGCUGUUCUGUGACAACGUUUGGAUCCCUGUGGCUACUGGCUCUCCUGCUCUUCCAUAGCAGCAACACCCCUUAUCUCUGAGGGAUCGCCUCCACCUUCCCCGGCCCCUCUCCUUUUCCCUACCCCUAGGCUGCCCCCUUUCUCAUUCAAACCGCACCUGCUCCACUUUACCGUAACGGUCAUCGUCAUGAGACUCGUCCCGGUGGAUAUUCAGUCAUCGAGAGAAGAAUCCCAGACUUCUUCGGCGCCUUGACACAGAUCGCGGUCUUGGUGACUCAUGAAUGUGUAGGGAAACUUCCCAUCGUAGGAAGUACUUCAGCAAGUGUAUAUAUCAUUAUGAGAUUGUUGUGUGCAAAUCUGCUCCGUUUCCGUUAGAUACAGAAAGACUGGUGUUCCUUAUUCUAACUCUUAGUAUGAUAUUACAUGUUGACUCUUCCCUUGUUUAGGCAAUUUGCCCUAAUAUGAUUUUGCUAUUUAUUUUUGUACAUAAGAAAAUUGUGCGCUCAUAUUCGUAACGUCUACAAUCAAACAUGAACCAGAGGCAUUCUUCAAGAAAUGUAUUGGUGAACUGGGACGUUUCUUCUUUUUCCAGCUUUAUAACUGCAGUUUUACACAUCCUCCUUCAUUUCCCAAUCUUCUUCUAUUCUUGCUGUUACUACUACUACUACUACUCCUCCUCCUCCUCCUGCCUCUUCACAGGGCCAUCUUUUAAGGCAUAAGCCCAAAGGACAAAGGCCCAUGUCCACAAGAAAUCUUUUGGCAGGGUGGAUAACCAGCCACUUCGCUCAUCAAUUUUUCUGUUUCAAGACUUGCUUUCCUUUAGUUCUGAUCCCACAUUCUGCAACUUUCGUCACUGUCCAGUAAAGGCCUCGGAGAUUUUUUCCUAAAAUUUAUUAACUAAUAAUUAUUUUUUUAAAUCCUUAGGAGUUACAAUUUCAAGAGAAAAAAAAUUCUUUUGAUGCGCAGUAUGUGCAGAAGGAAGUAACAUUCGCAACCAGUUCUCAAAAACAUCAUCUAAAGAAACAUUCGCAAAAAAAGUUAAAGAAAAAACCUUGAUAAAGUGGUGUUUCCUAUACAAAAAUAUAUAUACUGAAUAGAUAUACAAU